AUGAGAGCACCUCGUAUCUUGCGGGCUGCGCUCUGUGCCCAAAAACGAGCAUUCUCGUCUUCGUCGCCACGGUUGGAUAGCUAUGGCUUCAUCGGCCUGGGCCAAAUGGGUUACCAGAUGGCCAAGAACCUCCAAUCGAAGCUCUCGCCUAGCGAUUCCAUACGCCUCUUCGACAUCAACAAGGAUGCGAUGCAACGGUUAGCUGAGGAAAUGCAAACAUCGCAAACAAGUGGCGCUGUAGUCGAGCUUGCAGCGGGUGUCAGGGAGGCUUCACAAGACGCGGACAUAGUGAUCACUGCGUUGCCCGAGCCAAAACAUGUCAAGGGUGUUUAUUCAAAGAUGCUGUCACCGGCCCUCCCCCGGGUAGACAGGGUCUAUAUCGAUUGCUCAACUAUCGACCCGUCUUCAUCCCGGGAGGUCGCCAAGUGGGUUGCAGAUGCAAAGCAAGGUCAUUUCGUCGAUGCUCCCAUGUCUGGCGGUAUCGUAGGGGCAGCCGCGGGAGCCCUCACGUUCAUGCUGGGCGCUCCGGACGAGCUGGUGCCCAAGGUUGAACCUAUUUUGCUACGUAUGGGCGAACGAGUGUUGCACUGCGGCGUUCAGGGAACGGGUCUGAGUGCCAAGCUGGCCAACAACUACCUGCUCGCCAUCAACAACAUCGCAACGGCCGAGGCCAUGAAUCUGGGUAUCAAAUGGGGUCUUGAGCCAAAGACCCUGGCCAAUGUCAUCAACGUCAGUACCGGCAGAUGCUGGCCCAGCGAGGUCAACAAUCCCGUGAGAGGGGUUGUCGAGGGCGCUCCGGCUAGUCGUGACUACUCGGGCGGGUUCGGUAUCAGCUUGAUGAAGAAAGAUCUCGGGCUUGCCAUUGUAGCGGCGGAAGAGGCUGGCGCUAAGCUGGCACUCGGAAGUCGGGCUCAGGUCGUGUACAAUGAGGUCGAGAGGGAUGAAAUCUGCAAAGGUAGAGAUUUCUCGGUUGUUUACAGGUGGCUUGGGGGCGAAGAAUAG